AUGAGUUCAAAUCAUUCUGAUACAAAUACAUUACCGAUUUAUAAAUUAUAUUUUGAUGAUAUUGAAGAAUUAUUUUUUAAUACAAUACCAUUUAAAUAUCUAUUUAUUACAACUAUAACAACAUUUAUAUUAAUAAUAUUAAGUCUUAUUAUAUUAUUAUAUCGAUCUAAAACAAUAUUUUUUCCUUCGCUUAUACCAUUUAUCUAUUCGUUAAUAUUCUAUGAUUUUAUACAAAUAUUAUCAAUAGUUUUACUAAAAUAUAAUCUAUUAAAUAUUAACGAAAAAUAUUUUAGUGAAUUAUGUCGUUGGCCUUAUUAUUUAAAAGCAUCAUCAGAAGCUGGACAAUAUUUAACAUUAAUAUUUAUUUAUGGUAUACGUUAUCAAAAAGUUCGCUAUUUUUUAAAACAUAAUCAUUUACCAAAUUCAAGUCCAAUACAUUCUCGUGCGUUAACAUUUGUUUGUUUAUUAUUUAUUGUUUAUGUUAAUAAUUGGAUAACACAUUUAAAAGUUGAAAAAAUUCAUUUAAUUACCUAUAAUCAAUUUAAUCAUGAAAUAAAUAUUCAAGAAUAUCCAAUGACUGUCUAUGGUUUAAGUGGCGUUAAAUUAAAUAAUCAUUCACAAUUUUAUUCUGAUCUUGAUAAAUAUGCACAACAUUAUCAAAAUACAUCAAAUAGACAAACCAAAUCACAAAAAAUAAUUCUUCCUCAAACAGAUUAUUCAUCUUCUCAUAUUAUUAUUAAAGGUCCAUAUGAACAAUAUUUUGGCGAAAAAAAAACUGGCAUAGAAAAUCGAACACGAUCUCAUAUUAUUAUUAAAGAUCCGUAUAAAAAAUAUUCUGGUGAAAAUAAACCUGGCAUAGAAAAUCGAACACGACCAAAACAACAGAAGAAAACUCGUCAAAAAUUAAAUAAAACUAUUAUACGAAAAAAUUCCUAUCGUAUACAUCGUUGUACAUAUGGACAAAGAAAUUUUUUCUUAGCAAAUUUUUUAUCUUUAAUACAUUCAAUAUUUUAUUUUCUAUUAAUUAUUUAUUUUUUAACAACUAUUUAUCGAUAUCAAAUACCUUAUAUGACUAUAGAUUGUCAUCAAAAAUUAUACGAUAAAGCACUAUCACUAGGACAAAAGAAAUCUGCUGAACGUUAUAGACAAUUAAUAUUAUUAACACGUUUAAGAUAUUUUCAAUAUUUAAUUGUUUAUUGUCAUACAACAUUUAUUAUAAUUCGUCUUAUUUAUAUAUGUUCAUUGACAAUAUUGUUAUGUUUUGUUCAAGCACCAUUUAAAUUUUUUCUAAUGAAAAUAUUCUUUUAUUCAAUUUUUUGUAUUGUAUAUUAUUCGAUACCAUUACGUAUAACAUUAUUAUUUCUUUAUUUAUUUUUCAAUUUAUUUUCAUCAUAUAUUUAUUCAAUAUUUUACUAUAUAUUUUGUACAAAAUUACAUUUCUCAUGUAAAUUACAAAAACCAUCGAUACGUUUUAGUUUACAUAUUGUACAAUAUAAUCAACGAGAAAGAACACAUGAUGAACAUUCAACAAAUUCAUUCGUUUUAGAUUUAACAUCAUCAGUUUAUGAAGAACAUUCAACAAUAUAUCCAAAUGAAUCAAUUGUUGUAUAUGAAGAAAAUAGUAGUGGUCAACAGAUGGCAACAACAAGUAAUUUUCCAAUUAUUAAUCAAUUAGAACAAACUAUGCUGUGA